CUGAGAUUAACGGUACGCUAGUGAGGAGUUUCAUGAGGUUCUUCGCAACGCGGAUUCAGUAGCCUCUACGACAGACAGAUGGCUGAAAAAUCAUCAGAGGACGAUGGACAGACGUUACCAGUGUACAAGGAGGAGGAAGAGGAGAUGGAGGUCACCAUGACAACACAACUAGAAAACCUUGUCGUAAACCCUGCCAAUGCAGACACAUCAUUAAAUACACACACACAUCCAGAGGAAACAGGAGAUGUGCAAACAGACUCAACAGCAGCCACGCUUUCUUUAGACAUUGUGUGCAAGACAGAAGACUGUGAUGACGAUGAGUCAGAGGAUUCAGACAGUGACAGCUCUUCUUCCUCCUCCUCCUCUUCCUCUUCUUCCUCAUCCUCCUCUUCUCCCUCUGCCCCAAUUCUUGAAGAUGAUGACGAUGACGAGGGUUUCAGCCAACCAGCCCCCAUCAGAACCAGAGAUGAAGUCCUACUCGAGGAGCUGCCAGCAGUGGAGGAGGUGUGUGUGUCGUUACCAGAGGAUACAGAACUGCAGCCUGUUGGAACAGUCUCCAGUAUUAUACAGCAGCUUGUUAUCAUCCAGUCUCUGAAAGACACGCCCCCUCUGACUGAUGACAGUGUCAUCUUUACCUCUUACAGGGUGGCUAUUGGCAAGGUGUUUGAGGUGUUUGGUCCAGUGUCCAGUCCGCUGUAUAUUUUGCGUUUUAACUCUGCAGAGCAGAUAAGCAGCAGAGGGCUGACGGAGGGUGUGACUGUUUAUUACGCACCGACCAUCAAAGAGUACACACGCUUCAUCCUGACACAGCAGCUCAGACUGUUCAAGGGAUCGGAUGCAUCCUGGAAGAACGACCAAGAACCACCGGAGGAGGCUUUGGAUUAUAGUGAUGAUGAGAAAGAACAGGAAGCGAAGAAGAAAGUGAAAAACUCCAGAAAGAAGAAGGACAAUAACAGUGCAGAUAAUCCUGCCCACGUUACCCAGAACCCCUUGCACCAGCAGCGUAAUGUCAGGGGUUUCCCACCAAGACACGCAGGACAUCCGCCCAGGCACCAGAACCCCAGGAAUAAACACCCACCUUUCAGCCAUGCAGCCACUCCACACAGACACGCACACCCACCGCCUGGACACACACAUGUUCCUCCCAUGUACCUCCCCCCUCCCUGCCCUUACCCUCCACCUCCUCACCUUUUCCCUCCACCCAACUUCCCUCUGUACCCCCCUCCUCCUCCCUCGUACUUCAAUCCGUCUUUCUCCUCUCAUCUCUGGCCGCCAAACUCGGUCCCCUUCUCUGACCUCCCUCCUCCGCCUCCCCCACCACCGCCCCCACCUCCUCCUCAGUGAUGGCCUCUGUAUAUGAACACACGAACCCGAGUUCCUGCUGGUGAGUUGAUGUUUUGGUUUAUUCUCGUUAGAGGAAUGUGUCAUGUGUUUGUAGGCUGUCAGACGGGACAGCUGGGCAAAUCGUCCGUGUGUAUCAAUCACUGGCUCUGCUUGUUAGCACUGCUCAUUAGGCUGUACAGUCACUGAUUAUAAAGUAAAACAUUUACCUAAUAUAGCUGGUGGAGCCCAGUGAUGUGCUGUGACCAACCACAUAUUCUGCCACUGCAGGGUUUUUGAGUUUUAAAUUUUAUUUUAUUUUUCCUACAGCUGCAGACAUUUGUUUACCAUCUGAGGGAAAGUAUCCCCUGAUCAAGAUGGUAUUUUUAUUUUUUAUAUUCCAAUUAAAUGUGACCAUAUUCUUCAUCAAAUGUCACUUACGCACUGAAACACCAGAGAAGUGUCAGGCUGCCAUUUAUUGUGAAGUGAAACACAAUGAACGGAGAAUCAAAAAAUGGCGAAUAUUCUUCAUAAAUUAAAGUUCUUGGGGACCACAUUUAACAACAGCAAAAAUCCAAGUCUCAUUUACCCAGUCGUAUGCUCAGCUCUGCACAAACCUGCAUUUUCUCUGAAACACUUUGGUUUAUGAGUAGCUUACCUGACCACACACAUGCGUAUGAGCUCUGCUUUAGCAGAUGCGCAUGCUCAGGCGCGCUACUCGGCCGUGUGAAGGACAGAAAGUGUUUUAAGUCGUAUACACACAAUAUUAUCACACAUUAAAAGCAGUUCUGAAAAAGUGAGUUUUGAUUAGUGAUUUUUGAAAAGUGUUCUACUGAUCCUAGUCUCAUUUGUAAGUUUUGGUUGCCUUCAUAAAGUCUACAAAAAAAUGGAAAUGUAUAUGAUGGUUUUAUGAUCUGAAAAAUUCAACUAUGGAAAAGAACUGUUGUUCAGUUGCAGCUCCAUGUGUUGUCGACCUACAAGAACGUCAUGUGCUUUGGCAUUUGUUAAAAAUAAUCAGCUGAUGCGUCCUGUUAGGAUGUGAAAGUCACCGUCACUUGUACGUGAUACUGUAUAUGUACUGUAUUUUUUACCAGAACGCUUUGUAAAUGUCAAUAUUUUCCCCAUUUGAUGAGCUGUGUCAGUGGGAAAUAAACGUCUUUGUGUAAGACUGA